AUGCUCUUUGAUACUCUGCGAGUUGCCGAGUGCUCCAUAUGUUUACAAACACUUCUCCCUGGCAGUAGUGGUAGUUGUGGCUCACCUUCGCCUAGAAAUACUCCACAGAAAAAUAAACCUAUAUCUUCACAAGGAUCCACCCACUCACGAAGAGAUGUAGAGGGAACAGAAAGAGAAAGAGAAAGAGAAAGAGAAGAAGAAGAAGAGGAAUUUAGAAUCACAUUCGCACCGGGUGUUCCGCGUCUUAAUGAUGGGAAUGAACUUGGUAUUGAUAGUAUCACACGCACCUUUCUCUCAGCAGUGGAGGAGUAUCGUAAAAAGGAAAAACGUUCACAUGGACUGAGUCCUGGUGAUUUAGAUGAGAGUCAUGUAAACAUGGGGAAUGAAGGUAUUGUGGUAUUACCAUGUGGUCACAUGCUUCACUUCCCCUGUGCUGUUCAAUUAUAUGAAUAUAAAAAUGAUGCGAAAUGUCCUAUUUGUCGUCAACCGCUUAAAGGGGUUUCCGAUUUCUUACUCUUCUCUCCUUCUCAGCGUCCAUCAUUAUCUCAUAAUAAUAAUAAUAAUAAUAAUAAUAAUAAUNAUCUUCUUCACAUAUUGUACGGGAUGAAUGUGAGACUUUAG